UUUCAGGAAAUGAAUUUAAAGAAAUGAGAAAUCCAGGAACUUGAACUGAAAACGAGUCGCGGCGGGGAGGACCGAAGAGUCGAAGAAUAAACUCUCUUUAAACUAGUUUGAAUGUUGAGCACGCGGAGCCGAAGGCGAUAACAUGUUAAUAAAGGAAUUUCGAGUCGUCUUGCCCAUUUCUGUUGAAGAGUACCAGGUUGGUCAGCUGUUCUCAGUAGCAGAGGCUAGUAAGAAUGAGACGGGAGGUGGAGACGGGGUGGAGGUCCUGAAAAACGAGCCCUACGAGAAGGAGGAUGGAGAGAAAGGACAGUACACGCACAAGAUCUACCGCUUGCAAAGUAAAGUGCCAACUUUUGUACGAUUACUGGCCCCUUCAUCUGCCCUGAAUAUCCACGAGAAGGCCUGGAAUGCUUACCCUUACUGUCGCACAGUUCUUACGAAUGAGUACAUGAAGGACAAUUUUCUAGUCAUGAUUGAGACGUGGCACAAGCCUGACCUCGGUGAACAGGACAACGUCCAUAAGCUUGACCCAGAACAGUGGAAGAAGGUUGAGGUGGUACACAUUGACAUUGCAGACAGGUCUCAGGUGGACACUAAGGACUACAAACCAGACGAGGAUCCAGCCACGUUUAAAUCGCAGAAGACUGGUAGAGGGCCAUUAGGACCUGACUGGAAGAAAGAACUUCCUCAGAAGACGGACUGCCCUCAUAUGUGUGCCUAUAAACUAGUCACUGUCAAGUUCAAGUGGUUUGGCCUGCAGAAUAAAGUGGAGAGUUUCAUCCACAGGCAAGAGAAGCGUCUGUUCACCAACUUUCACAGACAGCUCUUCUGCUGGAUAGACCAGUGGAUCAAUCUGACCAUGGAGGACAUCCGCCGCAUGGAGGAGGAGACGCAGAAAGAACUUGAUAAUAUGCGAGAGACCGAACCAGUGAAAGGCAUGUCUGCCGCAGACGAAUAAGGCACUUGUUUAUUGGGACUAUGUUGCAGUCACUGCAGUAUGAUGGGCUGCUCUCUCUCUUCAUGCUUCACUCCAGUAGUUUUCUUUUCUCAACAUCUGCACACAGGAGAUUCUAUCCAGAGGUGUUUCUUACACUAAUUAGUAGCAACAUUUUUUUUUUUUUUUUUUUUUUUUUUUCAGCCCAUGUUUCUACCCCAUGUAUAUUAACUUUUAUUUUGAAAAUCUCCAUAAAUGUUUAUCCAUUUCUUUUUUUUUUUUUUUUUUUUUUUUUUGCUUAAGUUGACUGACAUCAGCACUUGUGUGUUUCAAUAACCCCUUACUAUCGUUGUCACCAGCAUGUUUACACGUUUCUCUAACAGACGUUUCCACCCUUAAUGUAUUCGCUUCAAGUUUUGUUUUGCCUCAUGACAAACCACCUCGUAUUAAAGGAGCUGAUUGCAGCUGAUCCAUUGUUACUCAUAAGCCACUUAUCUCAGGACUUUUUGUAGGUGUAAAAGGACUGAAUUCUUAUAAUGUGGUAAUACCAGGUUUACAGUAAUGGCAUAAAAAUAAACUUGCUUUAGUUCAGUUGAACUUCCAUCCAGGGUCUAGAGAGGUAAAUAUGUCAUGUUGGGUUGGAGAUGUCUUAGCACAUGUUUUGAGAGAUGCAUUGUGCCUCUGUCAUACGAGGCUUAAUAAUGAACUGUAUUCAGAGGUUUAAACUGUAUUCUGCUGCUCUGUUCCACUUUCUCCUUAAAACUCUGUUUACUGGACUCGGAUACAAUGUAAUACUCGUUUCUUAAUCAUGUCUUAUGACCUGAUAAUGAUAUUAAAAAGAAUUUAUAUUA